AUGUCACUUCAUAAGGAGAAUGCAGUACGGGAGACACGAUAGUGCAAAUAAAUCAAUCGAUCAAUCAACUUACUGAACAAACUCAGAUGCAAUUAACUGAAAAAAGAAUUGAAAAAUCACGAUAUGGUGGAGAGACAGAAUUUGAGAAACAAGUCAUUAGAGAUCUGACAAUGAUCAAAUUUGAUAUGCGAGCAAUUCUGGAAAUAGUAACAACAUUGAGUCAGAUCUGGACUGAGAAAAAUGGAGAAAUUAAUCUUGAGGUAGCAAGAGGCGAAGAAAAUAUUUUGCAACUUUUUCCUUUGCAAAAUUGGCAAAGUUUCCUUAAAUUGGAAAAUUUAUUACAAAUUAAAGAUAUCGCACGCGCACAACUCUACCAAUUGUCGCUCGAGAUCUUCAACUAAUUUUUCAAUGCGACGUACUACAGUUCGAGAAGAGAGACUAAUUGAUUUAAAUUUAUUAAUAUCAUUAGGAUAUAUUGUUUCUGUGACAAUUUCUAAACAUUGUUUGACAACUGGACCAAUGCUAUGGACGUGAUUCACGUGCAAUAAAAUGAGCAAUUUUGUAACUGGCAUACAAUGCAGGCUUAUUUAAUUCCGA